UCUUUAGAAGCCGGCUUCUUGUGAGGAACCGGCAUUUCACUCCACCGGCGGGAAGUGCUGUGGGCUCCCCCUAAUUUAUUUAUUUAUUGUAUUUUUUUUGACACUUACCGGAACCAAACAUGCUCGCCCUGUGCCUUUACGUCCCAGUGUCCAACUCCGACCCGGUGGAAGUGGAUUACUUCGAGUCGAACGGGCUCCCUUCCGAGCUCAACUCGCUCUUCACCAAACUGAGCGUGUUUCUGCCGUCUCAGGAGUUUUCAGCGUAUCAACGAUGGCGGAAGAAAACCUUGAAGAGGGAGCCAAACCAGUCUGACGGCCAGCUGGACUUUGAGGAGUUUGUGCACUAUCUGCAGGACUACGAGAAGGACUUGAAGUUGGUGGUCAAGAGUCUGGACAAGAAGCAUGCCGGUGGAGUAGAAACCAGGGAGUUCGUGCGGUCCCUUCAGGACAUCGGCGUGCACAUUUCGCCUCGCCUGGCAGAGAAGGCGCUGCACAGCAUGGACAAGAACGGCAUGAUGACCAUCAGCAGUAAAGAGUGGAGCAGGUACCCCACGCCGGAGGAGACGGAGAGCAUCCCGGAGAUCAUCCUGUACUGGAAACACUCCACGAUCUUCGACGUGGGCGAGAACCUGAUGGUUCCAGACGACUUCACCGAGGAGGAGAGGCAGAGCGGCAUGUGGUGGCGCCACCUGGUGGCCGGGGGCGGAGCCGGCGCCGUGUCCAGGACGUGCACCGCCCCGCUGGACCGGGUCAAAGUCAUGAUGCAGGUGUACGGCUCCAGGAGCAACAGCAUGUGCAUCAUGAGCGGCCUGACGCAGAUGAUCAAAGAGGGCGGGGUGAGGUCGCUGUGGCGAGGCAACGGCGUCAACAUCAUCAAAAUCGCUCCCGAGUCCGCCCUCAAGUUCAUGGCCUACGAGCAGAUCAAACGUCUGAUCGCCGGCGACAAGGCCACGCUCAGCAUCCUGGAACGCUUUGCGGCCGGAUCUCUGGCCGGCGUCAUCGCCCAGAGCGCCAUCUACCCCAUGGAGGUGCUGAAGACACGGCUGGCUCUGAGGACCACGGGUCAGUACGCCGGCAUCUCGGACUGCGCCAAGCAGAUCCUCCGUAGGGAAGGACUGGCGGCCUUCUACAAGGGCUACCUCCCCAACAUGCUGGGCAUCAUCCCCUACGCCGGCAUCGACCUGGCCGUCUACGAGACCCUGAAGAACCGCUACCUGCAGCAGCACGGCACCAGCGACCCCGGCGUGGUGGUGCUGCUGGCCUGCGGCACCGUGUCCAGCACCUGCGGUCAGCUGACCAGCUAUCCGCUCGCCCUCGUCCGCACCCGCAUGCAAGCACAGGCGGCAAACGGCGGCGGCCAGCAGGCCACCAUGACGGGCCUCUUCAAGCAAAUCCUGCAGGCGGAGGGCCCGUCGGGGCUCUACAGGGGCCUGGCCCCCAACUUGCUUAAAGUCAUUCCCGCGGUCAGCAUCAGCUACGUGGUCUACGAGCACCUCAAGACGCAUCUGGGUGUCACCUCGCGCUGAGCCACACCCACCCUCGCUGCCUCUCCCGGGCCACCCGCCGGAAUCCCUGAUCUCAUUCUGUGAAUGUUCGCUGAUGAAAGGCGAGAAGGGACACGCGGGUUUGGGAAUGCCAAGAUGGAGGACGUGGAGGAGCGCUGCUAUUUAGCAUCGCAGCCGCACGGCACGCCGAUGCCGCUGCAAGUUCAGGACCAAAUGUUUCUACCGACACUUUGGAUGCCGACAUCAAAGCUUAUUUUUAUUACUGUGGCGUCGGAAGACAUGAUUGUGCCCCCCCACCCCCACCCCGUCCUGAAUGACUGCACACUAUUUAUUUCCUUCCUGUAUUUAUUGCUUUUAUCCACGAGGAGGAGAUAAAUGCUGCACACUGUAUCUGGAAUGGCCUUGAUCCACGGGGGACGGACGACACUAAUGUAUCAUGCUUCCUAAAUAUCACUAUGGGGGGGAGAAGCCCCCCCCACCUACUUGGUGACUCAAGGGCUUAGAGAAAAAAAAAAAAGAA